CCCAGUGUCAGUCUGAAUCCAGGACACGGAAACCAGUUCUGCAGGUACAAAGUUGGUUAAACAUUGACUGCGUGGUGCGUCUCCACUCCCAGCUCAGUGUGUGAAAGCUCAACACGACUGGACAGGUUCAGGGCUGGGCUGCUUCGGUCUGAAUCGCAUUCCCACCAUGGACGCUCCGGUGCUGGUCUCUGCCGUCACUCUGCUGACUGCUCUGCAAAUGGCGUACUUCACCAGAAGAGUGGGAUAUUCGCGGUUGGCUCACAAGAUCAAUCCCCCGGCCACUACAGGGCAUCCGGAGUUUGAGAGGGCUUUCCGAGCACAUCAGAACUGUGUGGAGUUCUACCCGCUGUUCCUGGUGUCCAUGUGGAGUUGUGGCGUGUUCUUCAGCGAGCCCAUCGCCGCUGCGGGAGGCCUGGUCUUCAUCGUGGGACGCCACCUCUACUUCAACGGCUACGUCAGGGCCACGCACAAAAGAUUGCCGGGCUUCUGGGUGUCCGUGGCUGUCUUCUUCUCCCUGUCUUUUCUGGGAAUGAUCGGAAUGGUACGAGAGAUACUGCACAAGUACUUCUACAUCUACAGCUGAGCAGACUGCCUAAGGACUGGGACUCGUUUACAGCUGGAAAGAGAAAUGUGUUUUGCCUAAUUGGCCCAAAAUUGUGGAAAUGUAAUGGAAACUCAAUUAGUCUGCUGAUAGUUUCACAGCAGAAAUUAGACAAGGUGCAUACGGUUACGGUUGCCAAAAGUAUGGAAACCAAAACUGGCAUGUAAAACAAGAUACGCAUUUAUGCAAGCAUCAAAAAGUCAUAUAACUGGGUAAAAUUUGACCUUUCGUGAAGAACCGCACGGUGUAAUAAACAAUUGUCAUUAGACUGAGAAUAAUUCCAAGUAAUACUUUCAGAAAAAGUUGGUAAUUUGCUAUUUCCCAUAAUUUGAGGGUGCUGAUUACACAUAUUUUCUUUACCAGUUAUAAGAAUGCUAAUUCGCGUAAUAGCAUAGACGCCAGCUAAUCAAAGUUCUCUUUAAUUGAAUGGAUUUCAUAAAAAGUCCAGAAAACAAAUACUAACAUACUGUAUAUAUAUAUAUAUAAAUAUACAUAUAUAUAUAUUAUCAGAUAAAUAUUAUAACUAGAUCCUUAAUUUACAUAAUGACAUAAAAACAAGGCUAUACUGCAGCUUUUUAAAGCUUUAAAGCUACUAGGUUUGGAUUCUAGGUGACUGCUCAUUUUUAUUUGUGGAAGUCAUGUAUCUCUGUUUGCUUUCUGAAGAAUAUUUGAUUUGUAUUGUAAAAAGAAUGUGUGUGUGUUCAGCUGUUGUAUCUGCCAAAGGUGGAAACUUGCAUCAAUCAAAAGUUUGGUCAACAGUAAACAGUAAAAAACUG